GGCGGUGGCAGCGCCGGCCGUAGCUUCCGCUCAAGCCGUGGCCCCAGUGCCUUCCAGCAAUCUCAGCGCGCCCCUACCCCCGAACCGACCGUAGUCGAAAAGGAAUUGCCAUUGACACUGGAAGAGUUGAUGCGCGGGACAACGAAGAAGGUGACCGUGAAGAGCAAGACUUUCGAUACGAGCGGAAAGCGCACCGUCCAAGAUGUAACGCUUGAAGCGAACAUUAAGCCGGGCUUGCGGACCGGUUCGAAGAUCAAGUACAGAGGUGUGGGCGAUCAGGAAGAAGGUGGCAGGCAGGAUGUCCAUCUUAUCGUGACAGAGAAAGAACAUCCCAACUUCAAACGCCAGGGUGACAACCUCAUUACAACUGUUGAAAUCAGCCUGAAAGAAGCUCUGACCGGCUGGGACCGGAUCGUGCGCACAAUCGAUGGAAAAUCGAUCCGGGUAGCCAAGCCAGGUCCAACACAACCCGGGUACGAAGAAAAGUUCCCCGGCCAGGGUAUGACGAUUUCGAAGAAGCCAAGCGAGCGAGGCGACCUGAUAGUUCACGUGAAUGUCCGGUUCCCGGCCAGUUUGACUGCUUCUCAGAAAGAUAUCCUUAAAGACGUGCUUCCGUAAUUGUCGUCGUGCUCUUGUGUUUUUCCAGUUAAUACCAGCAUUGUUGGCGUUGGGGCGAGCGACGGGUUGCUUGAUGAUGUGAUGACAUGGGUUUUAUAUGAUUUCCACUACACACUGUAUCUUUCUAGAUUCUGAAAAUAAAAGCUACGACACUUGAUCUUAAAUUCCAUUGCUGU